GGAUACGGACGGCCUUUAGUUUGUUAGCGCUCCUCGCGCCGCGCUCUCGUGUUGGACUCGCGCUCGAUGCUUGUCAAAAUGUAAACUGACUUUUCGAUACGAAUUUUGUCGGGUAAAGUCAGUUGGACUAACCUUUUUGAAUAUCAAAGUACGCGUGAAUUCGUUUCGCGAAUUCGAACGUGCGUAUUUUCGUCCUUGCAGCCGGGAACUGUGCCGAGGACUGUAAACCUUAAGUGUUGUGGAGUCAGUGCAUAUCAGUUCGGUAUGGUGGAAUUGGAGCAUGUGUUUUGUGGAAAGUGUUAAUUGUGGGCUCGAGACUCGGGAUACGUUUCACUGAACGCGAGCCAUAAAGCUGUUUUGUGAUCCAAUUCACGUGAAUGCUGGAGUAUUGAUACGCCGUGCUUUCCCCCCUUACUACGGAUUGAUUUAUGGACCGGCCGGGCAGCCCCCGCAGCUGGCAGGGCCACGCCGCCAGCGCACGCACAACAUGUGACCACCGACCGACGCGUCUCGACGACACUGCGAAUAUUCAUGAAUCCCACAAGAUUACAUGAUCACGCACUUAUUUAUUCUACCUAAUUUUAAUAUAAACGAAUCUAGUCGCCAUAACACUUUUAACACGAAGCAAUUUAGACUGUAAUGAUAAGAGGAUUUGAAUAUCAAUUAUUAAACUAGUACAAAGAUUAAGGAAUUGAUGAGACAGUACAAAGAGGGAAAGCUAAUGUUGAUUUAAGAAUAAAUUGAUUCAUUUAGAAGUUCCCUAAGGAUUAUUCAGAAUGUCUGCAAGUUUCGAGCACUCCGCGAUGAAGAGCAGCUUCUCUUUGUCGUCGCUGCGCAGUGCCCCCGCGCCUCCAGCGCGCGCUGACCACCUGGAGCGCCCCUAUCACAGCCUGACCAAAAAGAGAAAGGAGCCGUGUCGUGAGGCGUGGCGGCGCAGCUGGGGCUCGGCGGCCAGCGGCAGCGCCGGCGACGACCUGUGGCCGCUUCUGCAGCACCACUACGACUACAUCAUGGACAACCACCUCAUCGACACCUGCAAGGAAGCAAACGGCGAGUUGUUAUCAAGCAAGUCGCCCGCUUUGCUGCCGCGGCUCAACCCAGCCGCCGGCUUCAACCGGCAGUGGUCGCUCAGCCAGCUCGUGGCCGAGUUCGGGGAGCUGUGCCAGUGGCUGUCGCAAGUGCAGGAGGAGAUCUAUUCUAGUCCCGAGAACCUGAGCAGCAGGAAGCUGAGAACGACCCGCAUGGCCGAACUGGCGUCGGUGGAGCCGCGCCGAGCGAAGUUCAUCGAGCAGGCGAGCGCCAUACUGGAACGCAUUCCGGAGGCUAGCGCAGAGGUGACUUGGCGCGUGGACCAUUUGAACGCGAAAUGGGAAGGCCUGCGUCUGCUGCUGAGCCCCGAACAACCUCAACGUGACGGAGAAGGCACUGACACCGUCGACACGUCGCACGAGCUCCGCUGCCUGCGGCGCUGGCUGCACGGCAUGGAGGGCCGGCUGCCGCCGCCGUCGCUGGCCGCGGCGCGCGCCGCGCCUUACCAUGAGCUGCUGAGAAAGCUGAGGGAACAUGAGGUAUUGCAACGCGACGUCGAAUGCCACGGUCGGAUCGUGAGCUCGGUGGUGAGGCUGUGCGCGGGCGGUGACGCGGCGCGCGCGCUCGAGCGGCGCUGGCACCUCCUGUAUCUGCGCGCCAUCGAGUGGCAGUGCCAUCUGGAGGCGUGUCUCGCUAGGAUCGAUAACCAGGGUUGUGCUUCAGCAGAAGCAGCAAGCGACAGCGACGAAGAGCCAGCGUUGAAGCAGCCGCGACUAAGUCGGAAAGGCUCACCACGGCGCGGCUCGCCACGACGGCUACGACCAGAGCGGCGUCGCGACAGCUCGGGCGACAGCAGGCAGUCGGCCUCUGAGGAGGAGCAGGACUAUGUUGUAACGUACCCGUGGCGCGGCUUCGGGUCCGACUGCGAAUCUGAGCGACACAACAUGGACGCCCGCGUACCGAGCGGCGGCAGCCAAGCUAGUGCCCGCGACACAGACCAGAUGGUCCCGGCCAUGAUGGACGAACUUGAUGGGCUCGAACACACAAACGUAGACAAACCGAGGACUCCGCCAACAGUCGUUAAGAGGAAAAAGCCCGCCGACCCGUCAAAGUUUAACCAAACCUACCGGAAAUCUGACCAUCUUGCCAUAUUUUACUGUAAGCACCGCGACACAGACUCGGACCGGCAAUUAGUGGAAACAGACGAGAAGAGUCAAGAAGAGUCGUCCGAAGAAGAAUGGACUUAUGUUAAUUCUAAAGUAACUAACGAGGAUUCCACUGAUGUAAUGACGUCAUCGGUUGAAAUACAAUGCGAACUGCCUAUUGAUGAGAGAAAAGAACCUCCGAAAUUAUUACCGACGCCUGAUCUAAUAAAAGAUAAUAACACAAGAUGCAAGGAUAUAGAGAGGCUAGUAAUUCAGGCUGAGGAGUUGGUACAGAAGCAGGCGCAACAGCAAAUGGCUAAGAAGAAGGGAGCGAGAAGCUUCAAGCCUUUAGCGUUCGAGGAAGACGGCAAGAACGUCAGCCGGGCCAAGAUGUCGCGUAUCAAGGAGUGGCUGAACCAGAGCUCGGAGGGGAACAACAAUGUGCACCAGGGUACAGAAAGUUGUGACGCAUCCGGCGAGUACACCACCGAGAGCGAAGUGGACACGUCACUGACCUCUGAAGAGAGGAACAUACACUCUUCGAUGGAUAUGAGUACCUCCACUUGCACGGUCACGCCUACACACCACGCCAAGGUGCAACUCCGCAAGAAGCGAGCAGGCAACAGCGCGCGGCCGUGGUCCGUGUCGUGCAUCUCGCAGCUCAGCGGCGCCGCCGCCUCGCUCGUGGCCACGCCCACCGCCGACGCCAUCAACAGCGUCAUGUCCAUAUCCGAGUCGGCGCUCAACACGCUGACUUCGCCGCAGAGGGUCACACCGACUAAUUCUAACUCGAAGCUGCGGGGCAGCACUACCACUGUACAGGGCCACGUGUCCAGCACCAACACAAUGACGGAGGCGUGCACGUCGUGCGUGGAGGCGGCCGACAAGCAGUGCUGGCUGCGGCGCAAGCGGCUGAAGCUGCGACGGCACGACGCCGCGCGCCGCGAGCGCAUGGUCAAGAGCCUGUCCUUCGGCGCGCUCGCGCCCGCGCCCGCGCCCUGCCACGACGACAAGCACGAGCGCAGCACGGCCAGCGACCCGGCUACUAGCAAAAAGAACAGGUUUGACACAACAUCGACCUCCGGCAACGACAGCGACGAAGAACUAAGCAAACAGUUCCCGACUAUCGCCAACCUGCGCAAGAGCAUAGAGAAGACGCACAUCUCCUCGCGAGAGGACAACGCCAUUCCCGAGCAGAACGAACCAGACAUCGCAGGUGGCGUCGCGCCGAGCUUCAAGAUCGGCCCCGCCGGGGGGCUCGUUAGGCCGAGGAUAGCAAGAAGCAUGGAUCGAGAAAAGACAUUCCUAGCACUGAGUUUGGGCGACCCCAACCAGCUGUGGGACCUCAGUAUGGACAAGGACUCCGAUAUAGACAAAAGUGUGACGGCGGGCACGGAGGAGCAUAGCUCCUUUUCGGAGCAGGCGUGGGAUUUCUAUCAGGAAAAGUACAAUUCAGAGCCGUAUUCCGAGGCCCCAGACUCGGACGCGGCGCGGCGCCUGCUGGAGUUCGGCGACGACUACCGCGCCUUCCUCGACUCGCAGUCCGACUGCUGCUCCAGCCUGUCGGCGCAGCCCGAGCGCGACUCGCCGGCCCGCCGCCGCGACCUGCGCCAGAAGCGCCCCGUCGACACUCCGCCUCGCAAACCCAAGAAAUCUAUGUCAAGCGCCGAGCGCAAGAAGUCCCUGCUCGACAGUCUAGAGAGGUCCCGGAACAAUACUAGCAUCGAGAGCAACGACGGCGUUCGCCGCCGCAAAGCGUCCGAGAGCGAUCGCAAAAAUAACAAACGAUCACCCGAGUUUGACCUGCUCAACGUGCAAGCGCUGAGCCGCCGCCGGCACAGCUCUAACAUGACCAGCGACGAGGUCAACAGCUCCUUGGAGUACACCGAGGUCAACAACCGGCCGGACAUACUCGACUCUUUGGGCCGAAGAAGAAGGAACGUCGACAAGAACGUAGAGUCGGAGCUGCAGAAAGUGGCCCUAUCGGAACUUCGCCGCCGCUCGACCGAGAACGUCGAUUCCGAGGACGACACGUCGAGCCCCAAGAAGCACAGCCGAAGAAACUGGAGCGGAGAUUCCGAUUCGGAGCUGGAGGAAGUGCGCUCGCUGGUGCGGCGCUCGAGUGCGCAGCUGGACGCGGCGGAGGCCAUGAUGGCGCGCCACGAGGCGUCGCCCGACCUGCUGCGCGCCUUCGACUACACGGAGCUGGAGACGCGCUGCCGGGACAACAUCAACCUGCUGGACGCCGCGCUGGCCGGCGGCUCGCUGUCGCCCGUGCUGCAGCGGGACAUCAGAGCCGUAUCGGCGCGAUGGUCGGCAUUGCGCGCGGCGGCGAGUCGGCGCGGCGGCACCCGCCGCCUUCGUCGCGAGGUUGCAGCCCUGAGAGAGAACCUGCUCGACAUCUGCGAGCCCGAGGACUGCGCCCCGCAGCCGCACACUAGGGUACAGCUAAACAGGAGGAUUGAAGAGUUGAAGGACCGCCUAGCGCGCCUGUUGGAUUGCAAAGUGUCCAUGCUGAAGAUAAAGGUGUCUGUGAAGCGGGCGCUCGGCGAGAAUGAGCCAGAUGACAGCGGGCUGGCCGCCGACCUUGCAGCGUUGCUGGCUCUGUGGGAAGACGCGCACCAACGCACGUCGAACGAGCUCCUCUCGCUGGAGAAGGCGGUGUGCGCAUGGGCCGAGUGGGAGAGCGCGCUGCGCGAGCUGCAGGGCGCGCUGCGCGGAGACCUGGCCACGCUGGAGGCCUUGAGGGACCGGCCCGGGGACGACUACAGCCAGGUCACCGCGCAGAUCCGUCAGCUGGCCGCCUCGCUUGUGGAUAAAAAGAAGGGUGGGUCGACCUGCGACUCCCUGUCCGACUCCGGCAUAUCGGACGGCGACAGCGAGGGCGCGGGCGGGCGCGCGCGGCGCCUGCACACGCUGCGCGAGCUGGCGCGCCGCCUGCAGGCCGCGCUGGCGCCCAACUCGCCCGCGCACAGGGCCGUCACUAAGCGCAUGGAGCAGACUGAGAAUGAGGUGCGAACUUUGCAAGAAUCUUGCCGAGCUUUGGUGGAACAAAGCAUUCCCGACUUGAAAAUCCACGAGGAAACAGAACACAGCGUAAGUACCGUAAUGGGUAAGAAAACUGGAUCCGGCGAUCCCGACUACACGCCGCGCAGCGGCUGGGUGUGGCGCGUGCUGCGCUCGUCGCUGCCCAUCCAGCUGUGCCUCGUGGCGCUGCUGCUGGCCGCCUGGCUGGUGGAGCGGCCGCGCUGCUGCGACGCGCUCAACUCCCUCGCUCAGACCCUCACGCCGCAGUUGCGUUAUGUGCGCGGCCCCCCGCCGGUCUGAAUUCGACUUCACUCAUUUUUGUAUCUGUGCAACAUUGUGCGACUGCGACUAUUUCGGCGCGAAAAAAGCUUGACGCUUUUAAAUAUUUUUUUAUCGGAAGUGCCAAUCUCUGAAAUGAGUAUGAGUGCCGUUUUCGGCAAUUCCCGGAAAUACAUUAAGAAAGUAAGAGAUGGAAAUGGGAUAGUCGAAGUACUUGAUCUUUGACGUCAUUGCAUAUGCAAUAUCUUAAUUUUAAUUUAAUAACAUUUGGAAUGACGUUUAAAGAUAUGACUUAGAAUGAGAUGCGAAGGUUUUUACUAACAAUACGCCAAGAAAAGGAAACUUAAAUAGGAGUAAUGAGGAUUAUAGGUAGUUGGUUGGUGAUUUCAUAAUUAAGAUUUCUUUUAACUAUAAUAAACAUAGUGAACAUAACAUAGGUUCACUUUUAAUUAAUCUGGAAUUCAAUUUAGACCAAUUUCGUUAUAAAAUUCCUUUUUGCUCACAGCAUGAAAAAGUUCAAAUUAAUGAAGUGUUCCAAAAAAGUACCAUCUGUAUCAGAUGAAGUUCAAAGUAGUAGUACGGUUACUGUAGUAUUUAAUGUACUAACAAUAACAAACCUUACUAAGUUUGUGUUAGUUUAGUCGCAUGCCUAUUUUAGUACAAGUUUAUUUGUUAGGUUACUUAAAAUAGGUGAGAGUGCGCUAAGUGUGACCAGUGUAUUUCUUAAAAAUAAGAAAAAUGUACCGCGACAAUAAUAUGAAAUAUUUUUCAGAUCUGCACGUUAUUUAUUACUUUUUAUUUCUUUCAAAGUUGCAACAAUGCACAGUAUUUUAAAUUCUAAAUAUUGACAUAACUUUUAUAUAUGUAUUUAUAAUAAGCACUUUCGACACAAUUGUGGCCUUCGUAAUCUAUAGUAAAGACUGAUGUCUGACUUUGACAAUUUUCCGAUAGUUUUAGGUAAAAAUAAAAUCUGACUUUAUAAUACUUAACUUAAAAUAUUUUAGAAAUGAUGAAUUUAUCUUCAAAUCUUAUGGAAGUGUAAUUAUUGGAAGUCAUUCAUUGUUUAAUCAGUCACUAUGUAAAAUCAAUUGCGUUACAUUUUUGCAGACGGGAAUGAUACGAGUACUACAUUUUAUUUGAUCUUUCACGUAAUUAAUACUGCUACUCCAGCAAUAAUAUAUUUACGAGGAAAUAGGUCAUCAUUGUCAUCAAAAAUAUGUAUGUUUAUGGAGUCCAUAUUUUUUUUAAAUAGACCGUGGCAUAUAUUUUUGACUGCUCAUUCGUACUUACUCGUGUCAGACGGUAUAUAAUUACGCGUGACGUAUGUGAGCUUGGAUAGUUGUGUAGUUGCUUGUGUAUAUUUUUAUGAACGCUUCGGUGGUUUAUUAGGGUUAUUCCCACUAGUUACCACUAAUUUGUUACCAGUGGUAUCUACUGGGAAUUCUUUCCCAUCUUUUACCACUAACUACUCAGUAUUUUUGAUCACUUUCAAUGCAGUGUACUGAAACACUAAUCGACUUAUAAUAAUUUAUUAAAGCACUCUAUAUUUGUACUAUAACUGAUACAACUCUGACAAAAUGUUGGUGGUAAUUACUGGGAAAAAAUCCCACCUUUUACCACUGGUGCUGUGGUAUUAUGUGUUUGUGUGGUAUUAUACUGGGAAUUAUUUUUCAGUGGUAACAACUUGGUGGGAAUUAGUGGGAAUAACCGUUUAUUUUAAACACUGAGUAAAAAGUCAGUAUUUUAUAACUGUAUUAAUUACUUCAACAGAUAAAUAGCUUUUAUUCAUGUAUGAUAAAUGAACUGAUAUCAGUACAAAUAAACAGAUGCACACGCUGUACCACUUCACUCAUUGCGUUUGAGUAAAAAGAACUCAGCACUGGUUCAUUUAUUCCUUGUUACGUAUACGUGCGUAUACAUAUGUAUGUAUAAGGCUAUAUGUAUUUAUAUAUACUGUGCCUGACAAAAUAUGACGAUAUGUGAUUGUUACUUAUAGUAUAGUAUAAUAUAUAUAAUUUGUUGUUACAAUAUAGGACGUGACCAAUUCACUCCUAUUCCUUUACCAAUAAUUGAAUUUCGAAUGAUAAUUAUUUAAAGACAAUAGAAAUUGUAUUAUCAUUUUCUACGUCAAAAUUAUCAAAGUAUAAAUUAUUCGAAUAUACCUAUAAAUUUAUUUUAUACAAAAACUUGACACGUUAAUCUUUAUAAAAAUAUGAAUAUGCAACAAGUAUGCGACCAUACAGUUAUUAUAAACUAUGUAUUGAAAAGCCCACAAUUAGAUGUUAUUAAAAUAUGCAGUUUAGCAAUAGUGAGAUUGCAUAUUCCUAAAGUGCGAUGGUUAUUUCUCAUUUACUAUAUGACGGUAUUUUUUAAUAGCUACAAUUUUCCAGCAAUUAAGACUUAAUUAAUUGUAAAAUGGUAUCAAUAUAUUAAUUGGCAUAGCUCGAGUAGGAUAUAAGUCUCGCUACAGUAGUUGUAUUAUAGAUCGUGUCAUUCGGCACGACGCCUGUCUUGACUCACAGUGUCAUGUUAUUAAAGAUUAGAUUUGACAAAUCUGCGCGUCAUCGUGGAUGACCCGAACUAUAUAAAUAUAAAACCUUUAACAUUAUUUACUGUGUUAAAGUUUUUAAGAUAUAAUUGUUAACUAACUGUAAGGUAUAAUGCCGCCUCGAGUGAAUUAAAAUGUUUGAUACCACUUAAAACUGCCUUAUAUACGAUUGUAGUAUAUGAGUGUUUGAUUGUUUUAGAUUUAGAAGUCAGUCGGUCAUUUGCGUGCGCGCGUUUGACAGAAAAUACACUUAGUUCAGACUCGCACGGGUAAAACUUCAACCACUUCAGAUGAUGAAUGAAUCGCCCCCAAAUGAUGAGCCCUAGUUCUUGCAGGAAGUUUGCCUCAAAAUAAGAUUAGAUAGGUGCUAACAAUAGGUUGUUUUAUCAAUAGAGUCAGGCCAAGAUAAUUUGGCAGCGAUUAUGAUAGUCCAGACAGUGCAAGUGUUAUUUUUAACGUCAAACAUCUAAAUGCAAUGAUAAACACAGAGACUAAGUAAAUCUAAAUAAUUGCGCUUUCUAUGAUUUAAUGUAAGGCAGUAUGUAUAUAGUGUGUCAUAUUUCUUUUGAUACUUUAUUUUAUUACUUAAUCUAAAAAUAUUGAAAGGAAAUAGGCAUGCUAUGAAAGUGCAUUUAGAGGGUUGCCCUUCAGGAAGUAAUAUGUUUCAAACAUAAUAAUAGGUUGCAUAAUGUGUGGCAUGUUGGCUUUUUGGAAUGAAAUAAAAUAAAUAAAUUGAUUUUUAA